AUGGCCUCCAAAGCCAUGUGGGAGGUCGAUCCCGAAACUAGGGCCAAGUUAGCCGCUAUUCAGAAAGAAUCCAAGAACAACCUCUGCUGCGACUGCAACGCGCCUUCGCCGCAAUGGGCAUCCCCGAAAUUCGGCGUCUUCAUCUGCCUCUCGUGCGCAGGCGUCCACCGAGGGUUGGGUGUGCACAUUUCGUUCGUUCGCAGUAUUUCCAUGGACGCCUUUAAGCAAAUUGAGAUUGAGAGGAUGCGCCUUGGCGGCAAUGAGAACUGGAAGACCUUCUUCGAGCAGCACGAGGACACGAAGAUGCGGGGCGUCACCUGGGACGAUGCCACCAUUGCAGAACGAUACAGCGGCGAGGUCGGUGAGGAGUGGAAGGAGAGGCUGUCGGCCAAGGCAGAGGGCAAGGAGUACGUCCCCGGCGAGAAGAAACCUACGCCAGCGCCAGCGCCGGCGAGGGACCCGAGUCGCACGGGCACGCCGCUCAGCGGCAGCGCCAGCAACCGCGCCCCAAGCCCCGGCGGCAAGGUCAAGGUGGACGAUAAGUACUUCUCCAAGCUGGGCGCCGAGAAUGCGUCGAGGUCGGAGGCGCUACCUCCCAGCCAGGGCGGGAAGUACGCUGGCUUUGGUAGCACGCCUACGCCGUCGGCGCGCGACGACAGCGCUGCGCCGACCAUUGAUGAGCUGCAGAAGGAUCCCAUAGCCGCCCUGUCCAAGGGGUUCGGCUGGUUCACUUCUACUGUCACCAAGACGGCCAAGACGGUCAACGAUGGCUACAUUCAGCCGACAGCAAAACAGCUCGCCGAGUCCGACUUUGCAAGACAAGCUCAGCUAGCAGCCGGCCAGGUUGGACGCGCGGCGCAGCAAGGCGCCCGCAACGCCAACGAAGGCUUUAACAAGUUCGUCGAGGGCGGCCGCGAGGGCAACGGCGGUUACAAACAGGCGCCGAUGGACGACAGCAAGAGGGACUUCUGGGACGACUUCUCAAGCCUGGCGGACCAAAGCAACCAGCACAAGCAGCAACGAUCUACAGGCACAGGCGCCAUUGGCACUUCGGCCAUGAAAGGCGGAGGCUCUGGCGGUGCAGCGCCGCCGGCGAAGAAGAAGGAUGAGUGGGACGACUGGUGA